AAGACUGUUACUUUGGAUUGACAGGUGUGAUUGACUUACCUGGAAAAUUGACAUACUUAUAAUUAAUUUACAAGAAUGUCACAACUAUAUGCAGAUAUUUGAAGUAGCAUUUUAUUGAGUUUUAACGAGUUUAAAAGAAAAGGCCAUUCAGUUCGUAACCAAAUGAGAAACGUUGAAACUUGAGCUUGCACAUGCUCUCUGAGUGUGACACAUCAAAACAUUGACUCAGUUAUUGAUACAUAUCACAUGAUUGGUUGAAGAUGGCCUCUGAAGAGCAUUAUGAUUUUAUAUGGAAAGUUGUACUGAUAGGAGAUUCUGGUGUUGGGAAAACCAACCUGUUAUCUAGAUAUACUAGGAAUGAAUUUGAUGCUGAAAGUAAAACAACUAUUGGGGUGGAAUUCUCUACAAGAAAUAUGGUUAUUAAAGGCAAAACAAUAAGGGCCCAGAUAUGGGAUACUGCUGGACAGGAAAGAUAUAGGGCAAUUACUAGUGUCUAUUACAGACAAGCUGUUGGUGCUUUAGUAGUUUAUGAUAUUACGAAGAGACACACGUUCGAGAACCUACAGAAAUGGCUGAGCGAGUUACAGCAGCAUGCUGAUCCUAAUGUUUGUGUUAUAAUUGUCGGUAACAAAACAGACUUACGUGAGCAGAGAACGGUCACACACGAAGAGGGCAGAGCUUUUGCAGAUGAAAGACAUUAUUCAUUUAUUGAAACAUCAGCUUUAGAUUCAUCAAAUGUUGGUGAGGCAUUUAACAACCUUUUAAUUGAUAUUUUCAAGAAACAAGUUGAGGAAUCUGAAGCUAAAGCUGAUAGUACAUCUAGGGUUGUGCCUAAUGACGAUUCAACUAAUGAAAACAACUCAGCAUGUGGCUGUUAACCAAUCAGAGAAUGUUUUACAAAUGAAUUUGAAUGUAAUCUGUGAAGUGAUUGGAUAAUAUCACGAUGGGAUAUACAAAAUGAAAUUAUACAAAUAGCAUAUACAUGGAAUCAGUUAUUAAUGCUGUAUUCAAGUAAUUAUUCAUUGUUGAAUCUUACUUGAAAUAUAGAUUAAAACAUAUCUCAGCUGUUAACAUGGUUGAAAGAAGGAAAUAAUGAAUACUUUAAUUCAGAAGUUAUUGUGUGCAUUCAUUAUUGUGAUUAUUGAACACACAAAUGCAAGAUCAAUUAUUGCAAUUUUAAGAAAUACAGCAUAUAAAUAAUACUAUCUAAAUUUAGAUGGGACUUUUUGUUUUUGUGAAACAUAUCCCAAGGCAAAUAUGCAAUAAUUUCUGAAUUUGCAAAAACAUUAUUGAAAAAGAGAUGAGAUUUUCACUAUUGGUUCUUUCAUCCUUAACGUUGGGAAAAAUGAUAGUUUCAAAAAAUGUUUUGAUAGAUAUUAAGACACUUGAAACUUUGAUAAUGGAAACUUAGGAACAUUUUGUAAGCAACUAGAGGCGUAAAAAAGAAUUAAUUUUUUUGAUUAUUAAAGAUUUGAAUUAAAAUUGACAGGUGGCAUGUAUCAUUCAGGGACAUAGAUUGAUUUGUAGGUUAAUUUACUCAAAAAGACUGAGUAAAGGUCAGUUGAAAAUACAUUCAUCAUUUACUAAGGAACUGUUUCAACAAUUUAGAUUGAACACAAACUAAGUGCAUUUGAUGUCAUUUAAAAUGUAAAAAUUCAUGCAAUAUGUCCACCUAGAAUCCAUUUUGAAUUUUUUUCCAUUGAUUUGCUGUCACUUUGACAUAUACCUCACAUCUUCUUUUAUUUUUAUUAAUGUAUGAAGUACAUAAAUCAGGGGGAUACUUGGUUAACUAUUUACCUGUAUAUACUACCUUUUUUAUAUUUUUUGAUCAACAUGACUAUUGGCACUUGCUUAUAUUAAGACCUGGGGUCCCGGUCAUAAAACUUACUCAGUACUCGGAGUACAAUAUUUGUGCUCUAAACAUCAAAUCCAGUAUUUUGAUUGGUUGAUUACUGAGUCCGAGUACAAAAAUCAUACUCAAAAGUUUUAUAACCGCAAGGCCUGUAGUGAAAAGUAGUUACCUUUCAAUCAUUAUAGAUAAUGAUUCGUCUGAUUGGUUAGAAAAUUAGAGUAAGAAAUAUCAUACCCAAUGUAAUUUUUCUUUUGAAUUUUACCAAUCUUAAGUUGAAUGCUAAAGUCACUACAAUUAGAUUACCACCCAAACUUAUUAGUUACUGUAAAUUCAGAAAUUAUUGCGUUGCAUUUAUUAUUGCGAUUUUUUAAGAAAGGACAAGAAGGCUUGAUUUAUUAUUGCAAUUUUAGGAAAAUUUGCCGACAGAUAGAUGUAUCCUAUAUCAGAAUGUGAGUUCUAAUUAUUUUAAUGCUAACCCAGUCCAAUUAUUCUAAUUAAUAAAACAUCGAAAUAAUUUCUGAAUUUACAUUACACCAUAUGAAAGAAUUAGAAAAACAGAAAGAGUAAAAGUUCUGAUUGAAAUGUGUGUCAAAAAGUGUGAAAAGUACAUUUUAUUUUUAUCUGUUACCUUGAACCUUCUGUUCAUUUUGCAUCAUAAAUUAAUCAUUAAAUACAUGUAUUAGAAUUAGACUCUCCAAAAAAUUAUGAAUACCUCUGUAAAUAAAUGUCAUUCCCAGAUGCAAGUUUUGAAGAGAAGAUGGAUUUUGUGCAAUGACUUGGGGAAAUUUUUCUGCACAAUAUUUGGUCAAAUUUAACAGGAGGAGAACUUUGGGGGUUACUUUUUCAUACCAUUACAGAAGUCAUGACAUAAACAAGCUUGUAUCAACCAUGAAAACAGCAUUCACAUGAAAGCUGAUAGAUUGUAGCAAAUUUCAAGAGUAAAGAUCUGAUUGUCAA